AUGUGGAGUGGACUGUUACCUCCAGGACUCAGUGAAAGUGAUGUUGACUUCAGUUCUGAUGAGGAAGAUGAAUCGCGUGGUUCCUUUUCAAAGGAAGAUGCAAAAGAAGAUAUUGAAAGAGUUCAGCUUUCUGAAUUCCAGGAAAAUGGAUGUGAAAGUAAUGCCGUCAGUGAACCCAUUUUGCUAUCAGAGACAGAUGGAGAAAAUGAAUCUCAAACGUGCCCUUCUGGAAUUUCUUUAAAUAUGUGGAAUAAAUUUGUGGAGCUUCAGAAGAAAAACCGUGAAAUGAAAAUCCAAGCAAAUCAGGGAAACAAAAGCCGAAAAAGAAAGCGCCACAGAAAAGAAAAAUGGAAAAAGAACGAUGAAGUGACUAAGAGUAGUCAACAGCUGGCAAAUGAAGACAAAUGGAAAGAACUUACACAAUACUUUGGAAUCAAUGAUAGAUUUGAAUCACCUGUGGAUAGCAGGGCUCCACAAAAGUCUGGCCUUGAACUUAGCAUAGAGAAGUCUGUGGCUGAAGGUGACAUUGAUAAGGCUGAGGAGCUGAGUGAUAGAUUAGCCAUUCGUGAGCUUGGUGUGAAAAUUGCCAAAGCUGCUGCUUGCCGCAACUUUGUAAAAGCCAAGCAAGAAGCAGAGGCUGCCCAAGAAGCUCGAAAGAAAAAGAAGCUUGCUUGGGGAUUUGAAGCCAAGAAAAGAUGGGAAACAAAAAGCAACAUGGGAUACAUGUAAUCCAUCCUGUUUUCCUCAGUAGUCGAAUACCUGUUUCUACUUGAAGAAUCUUUGUGGGCGACUUCUUAAAUCUAAACACAAAAAAACCCUUCCAAAACAAAACCCAACAUAUCAAAUUCCUUAUGUUUCUCUUAAUGCUGUUAGACUGCAGUAUCUUGUUUUGGCUUUCUCUUACAGUGUAGCAAAAAUACUAUUUAAACAUCAAUACUAUGUUAAAUACAGUAUCUUUCUCCAAAAUAUGAAAAUCUAAGAUAAUGCAUUGUAGAAUGCAUUUGGAGUCUGGUAGAGAACUCUCUAAAGUUGGAAUAAAAUACUUGGUCCAAA